AUGGACAAUGCACCAUACCGUUCCUGUGCAACAGAAAAAGUAUCCAAAAAACCAAACUUAUCUUGGAAGAAAGAAGACAUAAAGCAUUGGUUGAUAGAGAAUGGCGAUCAGCCAAGUGAUGAUUUGCUGAAAUUGGAGCUGUGUGAACUCGCUAAGCGACAUAGUGAUAACGAGGGAAAACAGUAUCGGAUCGACGAAAUUGCAGCAGAAGCAGGGCAUAAGAUAGUGCGUCUACCACCGCACCAUUGUCACUACAACCCUUUUGAGCUCAUAUGGGCUCAAGUGAAGUCUUUUGUAGCCAACAAUAAUACGUUCAGUGUUGCAAACCUUAAAAUUUUAGCGCAAGAAGCACUGAAUAGUGUCACGGCGGAAAACUGGAAGGCUGCAGUGGGGCACGUAGAGAAAAUCCAAGAAGAAGAUGCCCAGCAAGAUGUGGCUGUAGACAAGUUGGUUGACACUUUUAUCGUCAACAUGCUUGAUAGUUCCGAAGACGAGUUAUCUGAAUAA